UGGGGAGGGCCGUGCAGGCACAGGGACAUCAUAAGUGUGUGUGUAUGACAAGAGUCCCACUGCUUAGCCCAAUCUGGCCUCUAACUCGGGCUAACCGCCUGCCUUUGCCACCUGAGGGCUAGCAUGAGUGUAGGUCAUCACGCCUGGCUUAUUGACCUAAUCACACUGCAGCUGGCGCACUCUGUGUGUCCAACCGCACCCCGGAAACCCGCUACACCCUCAAGAGUGCAGGUGCAUUCAGGUCACCCCAGCCCUCAAGUCGAGGAAGGACGAUCAGGAGCGUGAAGCCAGCCGGAGCUACAUGACUCCGUCUUAAAAAAACUAAAUAAAAUGCGAGAAAUCGGUCCAGAAAGGCGUCCCCAGUUCAGGGAAGCACUGUGGAUUACCCGCCCACCACCCACCCCAAAACCCUGAGGAGCACUGUGGCUUCGCUUCAUCUGCGCAACUGCACAUGCGCCUAUGGCCUUGGCUCAAAGUGCUCGGACCCAUGGCAGCUCGGCCGUCGCGCAGGCGCACUGGCGUACUGGCCUCUGCCCGGAGCGCUGUCGCCUCCCCGCCGCCAUGGCCGCACCCGCGCCCGGUCUCAUCUCGGUCUUCUCCAGCCCACAGGAGCUGGGCGCAUCGCUGGCGCAGCUGGUGGCGCAGCGGGCCGCUAGCUGCUUGGAAGGGAACCGUGGCCGCUUCGCUCUUGGCCUGUCAGGCGGCAGCCUGGUCUCCAUGCUGGCCCGAGACCUACCCGCCGCCACUGCUCCCGCCGGGCCCGCCAGCUUUGCACGCUGGACGCUCGGCUUCUGUGACGAGCGCCUCGUGCCCUUCGACCACGCCGAAAGCACGUACGGCCUCUACCGGACACACCUGCUCUCAAAGCUGCCCAUCCCAGACAGCCAGGUCCUCACCAUCGAUCCUGCCCUACCCGUGGAGGACGCUGCAGAGGACUAUGCCAGGAAACUGAGGCAGGCCUUCCAAGGAGACACUGUCCCUGUGUUUGACCUGCUGAUCCUGGGAGUGGGCCCUGACGGCCACACCUGUUCGCUCUUCCCUGGGCAUCCCCUCCUCCAGGAGCGGGAGAAGAUCGUGGCUCCCAUCGGUGACUCCCCAAAGCCACCACCGCAGAGGGUGACCCUUACGCUCCCUGUGCUGAACGCAGCCCAAAGUGUCAUAUUCGUGGCCACAGGGGAAGGCAAGGCAGCUGUGCUGAAGCGCAUCCUGGAGGACCAGGAAGGCGCGCUGCCCGCCGCCAUGGUGCAGCCGCGCACGGGCGCCCUCUGCUGGUUCCUGGACGAGGCAGCUGCACGGCUGCUGUCUGUGCCCUUCGAGAAGCAUUCCACGUUAUAGGGGCCGCACCACGCACGCUGUGGGCACUUCGGGCCGCAGAGACUACGGGAGAGGACUACCUGCAGAUUAAACAGCUUUGCUGGAA